GCCCCGCGCGAAACCCCGGGAGCGGCGGGGACUAAAGAGGCCGAGCGGGAAGCCGUUUCUGAGCGGAUCUCUCUUCCUGAUGCAAGAACUAUGACCUCCACCUUUUGGCAACGCGGAAUCGUUUCUGCAUUUUCCACCCCAUGGCAACAGAUUCUUAACUCCUGUCGGUCAGCAGAGUAUGCCUGUGCCUUCCAAAGAGUUCCUAGGCCAGUUGUGCCAUGGAGCUACCAGCAGAUUCGUCAAAAAAGCCGGGGCAAUGAGUACCAGCCAUCAAAUAUCAAGCGAAAGCACAAACAUGGAUGGAUUAAACGCAUCCGCACAGCCAGCGGGAUUGAAGUGAUUCUCCGCCGGAUGCUGAAAGGCAGAAAAUCUCUGACCCAUUAAAAUUUUCUCUGGUGAGACCCUUUCAAACAAAGUUGGAAGCUUGAUGUAUAUGUUGCUAUAAUAUAUACAGUUCCAUGUGGCAUCCUUUGCACACAGGGGUAAUUAUAGUGAUUCCUGUUUUCAUUGUGAAUCUAAAAUUGUUUCAUCAAGAAUAAAUAAACCUAUUUCAAAUGUCAAAA